AUGCAGGAACACAGGCUUUUGCGCAGUAGCAUAUGGGCAAACGAUGAUCUUGUUCAAGAUGCGUUACAUGUUCGGAAGGGAAGUAUUGGAAGUUGGGUGAGAUGCAAUCAGAGUUUAUCGUAUAUUUAUGACGUGAAGAGUGUUGUUAAUGUCCAUAAAGAAUUACUAUCCGCCCACAAACUCCAACUCAAGGUUCUAGUCGAGAGUGGGGAUCAUGAUCUAACUAUUCCAUUUAUCGGGACCUUGAAAUGGAUAAAAUCUAUAAAUCUUACCGUCACCCACAAAUGGAGGCCAUGGUAUAUCCAUAAUCAGGUUGCUGGGUAAGUAUGUAAUUAAUUAAUUAAUAAAAAAAUACUUAAUUA